AACACCCAGUGCUUACCCCGUCAAAUGCCCAUCACCCAGUCACCCGGUCCCCCAGCCCACCUCCCCUUCCAAUACCCCUUGUUCAUUUCCCAGAGUCAGCCAACAUGUCCUGAUGAAGAUUUACCACGUGCCACACAUCAGGCCCAGGACUUGAUAAGCAUUUCGUUUUUUGCUCUCCCUUUGGGGAGUGUAUUUUUACAUGUUAUAUGUUGUCCAAUAUCAUCACCAUUCCCGUUUUUUGUUUUGUUUUGUUUUGUUUUGUUUUUUAAGAUUUUAUUUGUGAGAGACACAGAGAGAGGCAGAGACAUGGGCAAAGGGAGAAGCAGGCUCCCUGUGGAGAACCUGAUGCGGAACUCCAUCCCAGGACUCCGGGUUGGUGACCUGAGCCAGAGGCAGACGCUCAAUUGCUGAGCCACCCAGCUGCCCCUAUCACUCCGUUUAAGAGGUGAAUAGACCGAGGCUCAGAGAGGAAAGGGUCUCCUGGACCCUAUAAUCAGCAAGUGACAGGGCCUGGAUGUGGCCUAAGCAUCUUGACUGCAGGCCUCAGGGCUGGCUGGGAGUGGGAAGAGAGAUGAGCAGGAGCUGAUUCUUCUCUUCGGGAGCGUCACAGUCCAGCCAGAGAGCCCAGUGCCAGGAAUGGCCUGUCUCUGGUCAUUCAUUCGUGGAAUUCGUGCUGUGUGCCAGGCCUUUACGCGGCUGGUAAACCGAACUCCGCCUGAAACUGAGUCCAGAGCACCAAGAAAGAUGCGUGCAUCCACGCCAGAGCCCAAAGUUGGAGACCUGAUUGAGAUUUUCCGCCCUUUCUACAGACACUGGGCCAUCUACGUUGGCGAUGGAUACGUGGUCCACCUGGCACCCCCAAGUGAGGUUGCGGGAGCUGGUGCGGCCAGCAUCAUGUCCACCCUGACCGAGAAGGCCGUGGUGAAGAAGGAGCUGCUGUACGAUGUGGUCGGGAGAGACAAGUACCAGAUUAAUAACAAACACGAUGACAAGUACUCGCCACUGCCUCCCAGCAAAAUUGUCCAGCGGGCGGAGGAGCUGGUGGGGCAGGAGUUGCCCUAUUCGCUGCCCUGUGAGAACUGUGAGCACUUUGUGAAUGAGCUGCGCUACGGAGUGGCCCGCAGUGACCAGGUCAGAGAUGCCGUCAUGGCGGCUGGCAUCGCAGGAGUGGGCUUGGCAGCCAUGGGCCUCAUUGGAGUCAUGUUCUCAAGAAACAAGCGGCAGAAGCAAUAAGUUGAAGGGAUUAUCCUAUCAGCAGUGACUUUAUAUAUUUAGGAGUUCUCGUUGCACCAGAGGUUUUGAGGUUUGGUUUGUGGAUUUCAUUCUGUUUUAUAAUAAGGCUUAUUUUUACAGAAUAAAAUAAAGCCCCAAAGGGGAGGAUUUUACUGGAAGAAAUGCAGCAGGAAUUGCCUGGUGUGAAGUCUAUUAAGGGCACAGCUGGGCUCUGUGUCUGGCCACACCAGAUUGUGCUGUGGCCCUUUGGUGGUUUUCUCUUACUUUCUCUUUGUGGCUGCAUUCUUGAUCUUGCAGGAGACAGUCCAGCUCUAGUUCUUUCAAGUAAUGGGAAUUUCUGGUUGUGGGGAAACAGGGGAACAGCAAGGGAGAUGCACAGACCUGGCUGAUAAUGCAAGAACAAGGACCAUUGGACACCUAGAAUCCUUGGCCUGGAACUAGAGCCAGCAUGGUUUCUAGGACUCCGCAGCUGGAGUCUAUGGAUGUUCCAUGAAGUAAAACCCGAACCAAAGAAAACUUCUGCCAUAAGGAAAGUCAGUAGAUGCUCUUUCCAAUCUUGUGGAAACCUCCUGUAUCUCCUUCUGUUCUCCACAUCCUUCCUCUGCCUUGUGGCUCCUACUCCCCAACGCUCCUGCUUCCUUUCCUCUUGGGCUUGCUGCAAGCCCCAAAUCCGAUCCCACACCCCUCCUGGGCCCUUCUUCCUGGGUCCCCUCAGUUUCACUCUACCCAUGGACUGAGGCUCUUGGCUUUCCAGCUCAUCCUAUUCAUGGGCCAAUCAGCUCUGCCCAGGAGGAUGGGUCACAUGGUGGGGAGUUGCCUCAGACCUUCCUGGCUGUGGCUGCCCACAUGACUGGCCUCCUGGUGGUGGAGCCCUCCUGGGAGGGGGUGGGGAUGAGGCAAGACCUGUCAUGGCUGGUCACUUGAGUACUGCUGCUACUGCUCGCUGGACUUGGCAGAUGUUCAAAGUUGCCAUUUCUCUGAAGGAGGCUUUCAUGGCUUCCUCAGAAAUAUUCUGCUGGGACAAACUGGCCUUCCAUCCACAGGGCAAGGCUUGCCAUCUGGUUGCAAAAGUUUCUUUUGUUGAUCUUGGUUGUCUAGAGACUGGAUGGGAGCCCAGGCAGGACUCACAAUGGCUCCAUUUGAGUACUCUGGUCCAGAGUAAACACAUGCAUCCUGGGAUCGAGCCUGCUUCUCCUUCCUCUGCUGGCCGCUCCCCCUGCUUGUGCGCUCUCAAUCUCACUCUGUCAAAUAAAUAAAACCUUUAAAACAAAACAAAACAUAAGUGCCUUUCCACAUUCUGUGAGCUGUUCUAGCAAGUCAUUGAACCUAAUAGGGGUCAUGGGAACCCCCAAUGUAUAACCCAUGGAUAGAAGGACAAGGGCCUUGGACUUGUGGAUGACAUCUGAAAGCAGGAGCAGGGGCUAUAAUCCUCUGGGACUAAGCCCUUACCAUGGGGUCUGUGCUAGCUCCAGGUAUCACUGUCAAAAUUGAAAUGAAUUGUUGAACAUCCAUUUGGUGUCUGGAGAAUCGCAGGAUUGGUUGAUGGUGUAAGAAAACACUCCAAGAGGUUCCGGCAAAGUCUCAACCCACUAGGGAGAUAUAAUCAUUCUCGAUUUGUUUGCAUCUAAUAAAAAUCUCAAACUACAUACUGAGAAUGUUGGCCUAUGGCAUGGAGAAAUUGACAAAUUCUCCAUCAUGGGGGGAAAUCUCAAUACACCGCUCUUAGAAACUGAUAAAUCAAGAGACACAAAAAUCAGUGAAGUUAUAGAAAAUUUGAAAAACUUACCAAUAAGCUGAUUUCAUACAUAUGGCACAGUAUAUCCUAACAGUGCACCAUAUAGUAUAUAGAUAGUACAGUUGUGGCAUACAGAUUCUUCUUGACCAUGCAUGAAGGAACAUUUGUAAAAACUGGCCAUAUCCUGGGCCCUAAAGCAAGUCUCAGCAAAUUUCAAGAGACUGGUAACAUAAAGAUUAUCUUCUUUAAUUAUAAUGCAAUUCAAUUAGAAAUCAGUAAUGAAUUGAUAGCUAGAAAACCGUUCUACUUCAAGAAAUUUUAGAGCACAUAAAGGAAAUCCUCAUGUACUGUUGGUGGGCAUGCACAUUGGUGCUGCCACUAUGGAAAACAAUAUGAAGAUUCAUCAAAAAAUUAAAAAUAGAACUACCAUAUCCUGCACUUCCAUUUUUGGGUAUUUAUCCAAAGAAAACAAAAACACUAAUUCAAAAAGAUACCUGCACCCCUGGGUUCACCGCACCCUUAUUUACAAUAACCAAAUAUGGAAGCAACCUAAGCAUUCAUCGAUGGACGAAUGAAUAAAGAAGAUGUGGUCAAUGGAAUAUUCAAUGGAAUAUUAUUCAGCCAUAAAAAGAAGGAAAUCUUGCUAUUUUCAACAUCAUGGAUAGACCUUGAGGAUAUUAUGCUAAGUGGAAUAAGUCAGACAGAGAAGACAAAUACUGUAUGAUCUCACUUAUAUGUGGCAUCUAAAACCAAACAAAACCAAACCCCAAAUAAGCAAACAACAACCACAAACCAAAACAAAACAAAAAAACUAAGUGAUGGAUAAAGAAGAAGUAGUUGGUUGCCAGAGGUAGCGUAGAGAGGCUAAAUGGCUGAAGGCGGUUACAAGGUAGAAACUUUCUGCUAUAAAAUAAGUAAGUCAUGGGGAUGUAAUGUAUAGCACGAUAUUAUAGUUAAAGUAAGGUAUUGUUUAUUUGAAAAUUGCUAAAAGAGCAGGUCUCGGAAGUUUACAUCAAGGGAAAAAAGGAGGGGGGAGAAAUUGCUAGGAUGGCUUAGAAGAGGCAGUCCAGAGGAGAGGAAGAGAACCCAGUGCCCAGGAGUGAGGCUUCCCCAAGGAGAAAGAACACAGAGCCUGAAGAAUGAAGACCAUCCUGAGAGGUGUUAGGAGCCUAUUCCUUGUAGAUACAUUAGUGAUGAGCACACGGAACACUUAACUAACAAAGAAGAUGAUACAGAAAUUCCUUACAAGAAAUUCUACCAUAAUUCACAAGAAACCUCAGUGAGGAAGACCAUAUAAAUAUACCCAUGUAGUAAGGCAACUACAAAUACCGUUUCUGGCCAAAAUAGUGAUGUAACUAUUGGAAGGAUGAGGGUAAGGAAACUGUGGGUGAGGGUGGGUGAACAGUAAUGAUGCUAAGCCUUAAUUUUACAAAGAAGUCAUUGCUAUUUCCAUUGUAAAAACCCAGAAGGAGCAAAAGUAUGUUCUUGAAAAUUUUAGAAACAAAGAGCAGAACACAAAGGACAAGUGAUUGCCUCUGGAGAAAGGAAGUAGGAGGUCCAAAGGAUGUUCUUUUCUAUUAUGCACACUGCAAUGCUACUGACUUUUAAUCUAUGUGUGUAACUGUAUACAUUACUGUGUUAAAACAAUAAAAUGAUGUUUA